AUGAAAGAAGAGGACUUGGAAGAGCUUCAAAUGAUCGGUAGAUCCCGCUCCAACGAGGAGAGGAGUGAAUGUUCGUCGACCCGUAGGAAGCGCGAGAAGCAGGACACAGCCCGCACCACUGUCGACAACGACGAUGUGGAUUCCUUCUUUCAUGGAUCAAAUGGUGAUGACGGAGAAGAGGAGGAGGCUCCGAACGAAGAACUGGAGAACUUGGGCUGGGGUCGCGGAGUCGUAAAGGACUGGAAACGCACGGUUGGCACUUGGUGGUGGUACGAGAUGACUAACUUUGAACAAAAGACGAUCGCUGUUACGUUCUUCAUGUUCUUCGCCGCGAUUGCCCCCGCGAUCACCUUCGGGGCCAUCUACGAGAAGACCACGGGCCACUACAUUGGUGCCGUAGAGAUGCUCGCUGCAACUGCAUGGGUGGGCAUUGUCUAUGCCUUGAUCGGAGGCUCCCCCGUCAUGAUCAACGGAGGAACCGGGCCGAUCCUGGCCUUCUCUGGAGUGCUCUACAAGUUGUCAGGCAGCCUUGACGUUCCAUUUCUGACCCUCAGCGCUUGGACUGGACUCUGGGUCAUGCUUUUUAACGUGGUGGCUGCGUUUGUCAACCUGAAUCACUACAUUUUGCUCGCCACAAGGUUCACAGAUGAGAUCUUUGCCAUGCUGAUCUCGGUCAUCUUCAUCAUCAAUGCGCUUGGAAACCCUUUUGCUCCUGUGGGACUCUACUACUAUUUUGACCCCAAUCACACGUCUCACGAUGAUUAUGACAAUGAAUCCAGCUACUCAUACCUCUCAGUGGCAAUGUUCAGUGUCUUGAUUGCCAUCGGUACAACAGCGUUUGCAAUCUUCCUUAGGGGCAUCAAGUUCUCCAGAUUCCUGUGCAACCAAUGGUCCCGAUCCACAAUGUCCGAUUUCGCUGUGACCAUUGCAAUCUUUUGCUUCACUGCCCUUGACCACUUCGUCUUCUCAAGUGUACACACUGAAAAGCUCAAUGUCCCUGAUACGUUCGCCCCCACAUUCGCCUGCUGCGAUACUGCUUGCGACUCAUACUGGCCCACCGAUUGCCCUGAUCUUGAAGCCCCCCAUGGCCGCCGUCCUUGGUUGGUUGAUCUCUUUGAUCUCAACGGGCACACUUACGUUCCAUUCUUUGCCGCUAUUCCGGCAAUGCUAGCUUUCAUCCUGGUCUUCCUCGACGAUGGAAUCACUCUUCAUUUGAUCAACCACCCCAGUCACAAGCUUACUCACGGCGACGCGUAUAACCUCAAUACGCUUGUCAUUGGGCUAAUGGUUGGUGUCAACGCCAUGUUGGGGUUCCCAUGGCUCGUCGCAGCCACCGUCCGAUCUCUGAGCCAUCUCCAUGCCCUGGCAGAGAAGACGCAAGAUGGGAAGUUCCAAAGCGUCCUUGAGACUCGUCUUACGAAUCUCUUUGUUCAUGCUUUGAUUUUGGGAUCCAUCUUUGUUCUGCCAGUAUUGAAGCUAAUUCCAGUCCCUGUCCUUUACGGCGUCUUCUUGUACAUGGGGCUGACGUCUCUCAGUACCAACCAAUUCUGGGGUCGGUUCACCAUGAUGUUCAUGCAACCCUCGCGCCAUCCCAAAGGCCUACCCUAUACCGACCAUGUUUCACACAAGCGCAUGCACCUCUACACGGGCAUUCAACUUGCUUUGUUUGCCCUGCUGUACGUUAUCAAGAGCAUCAAAUCCAUUGCGAUAGCCUUUCCUGUUGUGAUUGCUCUCUGUAUCCCCAUUCGUCUGUACGUACUUCCCCGUCUCUUUGAAAAGCAAGAGCUGGUGUUCUUGGAUUCGGAAGAUGAUGAAAUUGAAGAAUGGAUUGGCAAGAUUGCCGUGGGUGAUGAUACUGAAGAACGCUCGGGAGAGGAUACUAUGCUUGAUUUCAUUGAACCUGAAGAGAAGCAACAUUUGGAAGAGAUGGUGAUGCAGGAGAUUGAUGACAGCGCUUGA